AUGCGGGGUGUGCGGAGCACCCUGUCGCACGCCCAUGCCAAUGGCAAUUCGACAUUUUACAACCCUAUAUUGCCCGGCUUUCAUCCAGAUCCCAGCUGCAUAUUUGUACCCGAAUGGGACAAUACAUUCUUCUGUGCAUCUUCAAGUUUCAACGCAUUCCCUGGGAUACCUAUACACGCCUCGAAAGACUUGCAGAACUGGAAACUGAUCGGACACGUCUUGAAUCGGAGAGAACAACUUCCGCGGCUUGCUGAAACAAAUCGUUCGACAAGUGGCAUUUGGGCACCCGCGAUCCGAUUUCACGAUAACAACUUUUAUCUUGUUACAACUCUAGUAGAUGACGACCGUGCAGCAGAUGACCCAUCUCGGUGGGACAAUGUCAUCUUCAACGCCAAAAACCCUUAUGAUCCUCUCUCGUGGAGUACAGCUGUGCAUUUUAACUUUGUUGGUUACGAUACUUCACCCUUUUGGGAUUCUGAUGGCAAGGUUUACAUGACAGGCGCCCAUGCUUGGCGCGUAUUUCCGGGCAUUCAGCAGACCGAAGUCAACCUCGAAACGGGGGAAACUGGUGACUGGGUCACAAUCUGGAAUGGAACAGGCGGGACAGCCCCUGAGGGACCGCAUAUCUAUCACAAGGAUGAUCACUACUAUUUGAUAGCAGCAGAAGGUGGGACUGGACUACUGCACAUGGUGACUAUGGCAAGAUCGAAGAGGAUCAACGGCCCGUACGAUUCAAACACCGCGAAUCCAGUGUUGACGAACGCCAACACCACCAACUAUUUCCAGACUCUAGGUCAUGCCGAUCUCUUUCAAGAUGCCAACAACAAUUGGUGGUGUGUUGCGCUAUCUACGCGUUCUGGUCCCGAGUACCUCAAUUAUCCAAUGGGUCGUGAAACAAUUAUGACGCCUGUAACCUGGAACAAAGGGGACUUUCCUCAAUUUUCGACAGUCAACGGGGAAAUGAGUGGUUGGCCUUUUCCCCCUCCAAAUCUCAACAUAGGUGGCUCAGGUCCAUUUAUUGAUCAGGGAGAUGUUAUCGACUUUGAGCCUGGCUCAUCUCUGCCGGCUCAUUUCACCCACUGGCGGUUCCCUAUCGCGGAGUCGUACCAAGUCUCGCCAAGCGGUCACAACGACACCCUUCGACUGAACCCUUCCAAUCUCAAUCUCACCGCGUUGAACGGCAACUACGCUGGACCAUCGGGUCAAAGCUUCGUCGGUCGCCGCCAACAAGAUACUCUGUUUACCUAUAGUGUGGACAUGGACUUUCUACCCAAUUCAAUCGAAGCUGAGGCUGGUGUGACUGUGUUCCUGACACAAAACCAUCAUUUCGAUAUGGGAGUCGUUAUGUUGCCAGCAAAUAGUAGCACAGGCCCAUUCCCAGGGACCAAUCGAACUCUGUCGGGUGAUCAUUCAGCACCGAUCCCGCAUUUUAGAUUUCGUGGCAUAUCAUACACUGCAGUCCCCGAGCCAGUCAUUGUUCCUGUUCCAGAUUCUUGGCAGAAUGAUACGCUGCACCUCGAAAUAAAGGCCAGUAACAUGACUCAUUACACUUUUUCGGCCGGACCUGCCCGUGCGAAGUCACAGAUGCGAGCUCUCAUCGACGUCUCGAAUGCGGCAGUAAGCUGGGGCUUCACUGGUAUGUAUCCUACUCACUCUUUUCAGUAG